AUGUCAAAGAAAAAGGAAAACCCAUUUUCAUUCUUUAGUUAUGUGAAAGAUGAAAGUGAUACAUCAAGUCUACCACCUCCACCAGCUCCAAUUCAUUCACCAUCUUCCUCUGAUAAUAUAGAAAUACCACUACCAGUAUUCAAUAAUAAUAAUAAUAAUAAUAAUACUACCACUACUAAUAAUAAUACAAACAAUAGCAAUACAUCCACUAGUAACAAUUCAAAAAAUAACAGAAAAACAGCAAUUAGUUUUGACGACGAUGACGAUGAUGGGGAUGAAGAAGAUGAGGAGGAAGAGGAUGAUGACGACGAUGAUGACGAUGACGACGAUGAAACUAAUAAUAUAAAAUCCUCAUUACCACAAUUACAACCACAAACACAACCACAACCACAACCACAACCGCAACCACAACCACAACCACCUAUAAAACCUACAAUAACCAAAGCAACACCUAUCAAUAAAAAUGUAAAUAAAGAAAUCAACAACAACAACAACAACAACAACAACAACAACAACACCACCACCACCACAAUAAAUAAUAUAAACAAUAUAGCGACAUCAGCAAACAAUGCAGGUACAACAACAUCUAAAAAGAAAUUAAUUCAAUUAUUUGAUGAUGAUGAUACAAACUAUGAUGAUGAAGAGAAAUUAGAAAAAUUCGAUAGAUCAACACCAAUGUCAUUACCAAAAGAAAUACCUAAAAAAGUAUCUUCUACACUUUCAAAUAGUUUUGAUCCAAAUAUAAUACAUAAUCAAUCCUCACCUCCACCUCCACCAAUAUCAAUACCAAUACCAUUACCAACAACUGAUAAUUUAAAUAAUAUUAAUAGUAAUAAUAAUAAUAAUAAUAAUAAUAAUAAUAAUAAUAAUAAUAAUAAUAAUAAUAAUAAUAAUAAUAAUAAUAAUAAUAAUAAUAAUAAUAAUAAUAAUAAUAAUAAUAAUAAUAAUAAUAGUAAUAUAGCGCCACCACCACCAUCAUCAUCGUCAAUGGUUAACAAUGUAAAUAAUAAUAGUAGUGAUAAUAGUAGUAGUAAUAAUAAUGAAGAAAAUGAGAAUUUAAAAGCAGAAAUUACAAAAUUAAAAACUUUAAUUAAAGGAUUAAAAAUUCAAUGUAUAAAAUAUAAAGGUGAUAAAGAAUUAUCAGAGAGUAAAUUAUUACAAUCAGAGAAUAGAUUAGAACAAUUCAAGUUAAAAGAAGCAAAUGAAACUAAAAUCAUGGAAGAUAUGGUCGCUCAAGUUGAGGAGAAUUUAAACGCAAUGAAAAAGAGGGCUCAAUAUGCAGAGAACCAAGUUGAACAAAUGAAACAAGAGAUUCAACAAUUAAGACACCAAAAUCAACAAAACUCUAUGAAUAAUCCAGAGAUGCAAGAGUUGAGAUAUCGUUUACAAGAUGCAAAAGAAAAGGGUAGAAUGGUAUCUCAAUUAUUAUUUCAAGCUUCAAAUGAUGCUGAUUUAAAUAUAAAAAAUUUAAUGAGAGGUAUAGAAACUUUACAAAAUGUUUCUGCUCUAUUAUUUUCAAUCGAUAAAAUUUCAACUAUACCAAACCAAAAAUAA